UGCAUACAGCUUACCCAAUUUCCUCUUUCUUCUUACUGUUUCCUGAGUUCUCUCUUAGGCGAUCACUUACCUUUUACUACAGCUCAAAUCUUUCACUAUGAUGUAUCCAUCUAGUGCCUCUGCGGCACCGAUUUAUAGCAGGAUACUGCCAUUCCCUUUUUCUCUCUCUCUACACAGUUAAUGCAACCGGGAACAGUGCGUAAGGUGUGUGCCAGUGUACUCGCCCUACUCAUCGUGACUCAGGCGUCUGCACACUUGGAUCGGCUGCUGUCGCAAGACACACUCGACUACAUUGGUUACUAUGAUAAUUUGAUACUACCAGUUCAUCUGCAUGCCCGUCUGGUCAAUUCGCACGUGACCAGAUCUGCUCAGCGGCUGAACCAGUACGAAGUCGCCGGCCUAGAAGCAGAAAUGGGUCGCCGUAUGCGUGAUUCGCAGCAUCUGCUACACGAGUGGACUUCUUGGCUCACAGAAAUCGAGCAAGAACAAUGUCACCUACUUCUGACCUACAAGGCUGCGGCUCAACAAGUUCGCACCCAGAUGGCUGCGAAAAUCAGCCGCAAUCCUGCAUUGAACAAACUUCAUUUACCAGUCCAUGUGAUCCACAAUGGUCAAGAUGUUCAGCCCAUCUCCGCGUUUGUUCAACGAACUGAUUCUCAACACGGCCGCGAUGGGGCUACAAGUCAGGCCACGGACGCACCGGUGCCCAGACACUGCCGAAUGACACGAUCGGAACGCGAAGCAGAAUUAGCCGAUGCUCGUCGCUUGGAUGUUCCCCACUGCCCUCUGGAUGCAAUCGUCCCCCGACUCUUCAAAGAUUACAAUGUAUCCGAGUACUUCGAAGAAGUUGUACAACAGUCCGAAGCUUGGCUAUUGGCCACUCGAGAAUACCUGAGUCGCGCCCUCUACUGUCUGUUUGUGUACGUGGGAGCGCUGGUGUUGUGGAACACUGCCGGAACUGUGCUAUGGUUUUAUCUGGGACGGCUGAAGCUACUGCCCAGAAAGGUCCUCUUCGAAUCGGAUGUUUCCAGUUGGUCCCUACCUCAAAGUAGGCCACAAGCACAAUGACAAUUCAGACAGACCCGUACCCAAAACACACUUAUUGCUCAUCGUCGUGAUCUUUCUAAUUUUGUAUUGGCUCUAUGAUCCCCGGCU